AUGGGAUGGCGGCUGAGGCGGCAGGGCUGCGCGCGCGUCGUCUUCACCGACUGCCGGCGCGACGCCGACGUCGGGAAGAUUGUGCCCCUGGUCGCCAAGCUGGUGAGCGGCAGCCCGCGCUACGAGAGGGCUGAGAACGUGGACUACUGCAUCAUGGUGAUCGGCGUGCCCAACACGGGCAAGUCGUCGCUCAUCAACUCCCUGCGAAGGCUGCACCUCAAGAAGGGAAAAGCCACUGCGGUUGGGGGCGAGCCAGGCAUCACCAGAGCGGUGCUGACCAGGAUCCAGGUGUGCGAGGAGCCCCUCAUGUACCUGGUGGACACGCCGGGAGUGCUGCCGCCCAGGCUGGAGGACGUGGAGACGGGCAUGAAGCUGGCGCUGUGCGGCGCCAUCCGCGACCACCUGGUGGGCGAGGACGUCAUGGCCGACUACCUGCUGUACACGCUCAACCGGCAGCGGCAGUUCAGCUACGUGCAGCGCUACGGGCUGCCCGAGGCCUGCGACGACAUCGAGCAGGUGCUGAAGCGCGUGGCGCUCGCCCUGGGCCGGACGCACAAGGUGAAGGUGCUCACGGGCACAGGGAACGUCAAUGUGACCACGCUGGACUACUCGGCUGCUGCCUACGAGUUCAUACGGGCUUUCCGGGCCGGGCAUUUGGGCAGGGUGACGCUGGACUGAGCCCUGUGGGCACCGCGUGGGCACCAGCAGCGCCGCGAGUAGCUCCUGGGCGAGCGCAUGGGGAUGGACGUCCCUCGUGGGGACACCGAGCCCUGCUGUCACCCACGCAGCGCUGMGGCUGCGUGGAGACGUACCUCGGCCCAGAGCUCUUUGUCCCCGAGCUGCAGGGUGUCAUUAAAGUGACUUCUC